CUUGGCUGCACACUGGCUGUCAUUGAAUGCCACUGCGCCACGAGGCCGCUGAUUGCGCAGGACUCGGCAUUUUACAAAGCACCACUGCGACUUGCAAAAUCCAGGUGUUUUGUCGGCGCAACGCAUCUCUAAGCCCCACUGGAGAGUACUGCUAAACACUGAGCACAGCAGCAGCACGCCGCCGACGCGUCCCGGCGAGCGCACGAAUCUCCGUUAAGCAGUAGCAACGGAGAAGCGCCGGAGGACGCGCCGCGGGAAGCGGCGGCUGCGCCAGCUCGUCGCGUGCCUCGCCGUCGUCGCCUGCGCCGUGCCCUACUACCUGCUUGAUAGUACGCACGUCCGACUCCCAGCCAUGGCCGAGGCACCAGCAACGACCUGCGCCUGCACGCGGAUACAUAUCGGAGAGGCCUCGCGGCCGCCGGACGUCAAUGCUUUACGAGCGUUCGUCGACCGCGUCGCGCCGCAUGUGGAUAGAGUGGCUAUUGCUGUUGGUGCGCCGGGCAUUGGGGACGCGGCCGAGCGCCUGCGGCAACUUUCGGACCUCGUCGCGCGCUGUCAAGCGGCGACGCGGGACGCUGAGACGAUCGUGGACGUCAUCCCCGUGGACCCCUGGGGCGCCUUCACGCCGGCGCUCAACGCCCUGGCGGCCCACGCGUCGAAACAAGGUUGUGGUCUUGCGCUCUUCGCGUCCGUCGAGACCACGUUUUCUUCGGAGACCGUCGCGGCGCUCCGGGAGCAACUUGUGACGCACGACGCGCUCGUGGUCGGCGCGGCGCUGCCGGGCCACGACUUUCAGGCGGGGCGGCGGCCGCUGGGCGGGCGCACGGUGCCGUGGAACACGCUCGCUUUGUCUUUGUCUGUGUGGAAAUCAAAUUUCGGGCGCCCCCACGCCAUCGUCGCCAUGUUGUCUCCGUAGCUGUGUCUGCUCGAUGGCGUGUAGUUCCACGCCAUCGACGUGACGUUGUCGUAACAGCCUUGGCUCGAUGGCGUGGAGGUUCAACAAGGUCCACGCAAUAUUUCUAUAACCUAACUCACUGCUCGAUGGCAUACAGGUGGAGGCUGGACCGGCUCUGCCUCGUGGGCUUUCCGCUCGUCGCGGACGGCGUGCACGCCGGCGUCGCCGCGGGCGUCGAGGAGGUCGCCACGAUACGAGCGGCGCACGCCCUCGAUCCGAGUAGAGCGACGGCCGUAUUACUGGCGGCGCCGGGCGUGGAGUGGGCGACGAGUUUUGAUGAUCCGGCGCGCGCCGACUGGCACGCGAGGAAGAUGUCAAGCAAAGAAGCGCGGCCCGCGGUUCAUUUAGAACUGAUGGGCGGUACGAAGGGCGCGACGGUGCUCCACGUCUCUGCUUAAUACGAAUGUGUUUUUAGUACAGGGGCGGGGUACAAGGUGUGGUCGGCGGCUUGUGGCCAAGCGGCUGAGGACCUAGAGUUUCUUUCGCAUCUACC